AUGACCAGCAUCUUCACCUUCGGCGCACAUGGUGCCAACUCCAUGGCUACGAAGUAUGGUGAGAUGGCCGUGAAGUCUUCCAAGUGUGGUUCGAAGAACUUUGUAUACACCAAGUCGCACGAUGAUGCGCAUAGCUUCCCGCGGCACCACCAUCGCCAGGGUGACAACCCCGUGCGGCUCUCCUUCACGUGGGCUCGCUGGCGGUGGAUAAUGCACGACUUCCGCAUGUUCGGCCUCUUUGGCGCUCUUCGGAAGCACUACUACAUUGGCGAGUCCUGGCGUCGCAAGGAUGAGAAGAUCUUUGUUGGAAAAGAUGAGAACGGCAACAAGUACUGGCAGUGCCGUCGUGCACAGGGUACCUUCUUUGUACGCAUGCUCGAGCCGGCUGACCCGCACUGGUUUCGCGGCCAGUCUCCCCAUGCCGCCAGCCCGGUGUGGCUGAAGUGGAUGCAGGGCGGCGCAGCGCAUACCCCGGCGCAGAUGAAGGCGCGUGGUGAGUGGGGCCACAACUCUCGCCUUGGCAUUCCCAUGCCGUUCAAUAUCAAGUACAAUGAGUGGUCGCCACUGAACGCCGGCAACAUCUACACACGCGAUCCGAUGUGGGUUGCUACAACGGGUAUCCUCGUCAAUCCGGAGCGCCGCGCCUUGCAGGAGGCGGGCUUCUCGCGGUGGAUGUGGCAGAAGGGUCUGCCGGUCUACAUGCCCUUCUGCGGUGUGCAUGAUUACUCGGAUGAGUUAGUUGAGGAGUUUUACCGUGGCCAGUGGGCCUUUGGCCACGAGAGCAAGGGUAACGAUCACGAUGAGUGGCGCAACUAA